AUGUCCAACUCCCGCUCCCACCCACUCCGUCGAAUAUCCACGGGUUCACUCUCCAACCUCGCCCGUUCUCAAGAAGGACACCCUACCUCUCAUACCUCCCCUUCCGGGCUGGAGUUCCUCACCGGACCGAUGUUUGACCUCUCGGACGAAGCGGCGGCGUUGGCGAGCCAUGUACAGGCGAUGAACAGGUUGCACGAUAGUCUGGGAACGUUCAACGAGGCGUUUGCGGGGUACUUGUAUGCUUUGCGGAUGAAUGCCUUUUGCGUCGAGUGGACCGAGGCUCCCGACGACCGAAGCUGGGCAAGAGCCGAAGAGCUCGCACCUCUGCCGCCCGCACCUUCAAUUCCCUUACCUCCUUCACCUUCACAACAAGACCCCACCUCAACCCAACCCCACAACCACACCGAAUUCCAACCGGGAGACCAGACCUACGCAACAGCCAACGACUUCACAACCAACAAUAACAACAACAAUGAUGACUAUGAAUACCAAUCCCCGCCCCGCUCCCGAUUACCCGUGGGAAGAGGGAGCGGGAUACCUAGAGGGACGAUGACGGGGAUGAGAGGAAGAGGGGGGACUGUCAGGGGGAGGGUUGUUAGUGCGCCUGCUGGAGCGAGAGCUGGGUCCGCGGGGGUUACGGAGAGGAAGAAGAGGGAGGCGGCGAUCACGGCGAUCAUCGAUACCUUACCUAUCGAGUUCCGCGGCGGAGAUCCGGCAACGAGACAGUCGAUGGAAAAGGUCUUGACGCAGCUCAUACAGAAUCCGGAGGGGAGGAAGAUCGGGGAGAUUGUAGGCGCAACAGAUUUGCCACAACCGAAAGUCAACAAGUGCCUCAUCGCGUUGGUCGGGAGGAAAGCUGUGGGCAAGAGUAUGGUCGGGAUUGAGACAUGUGGUUUCGUGAACGAGUAA